AGCAGCGGCAGCGGCGGCCACCGGGAUGCGGCGGGGAGCGGGUCCGGGGCGGCGAUGGGCGCUGCUGUGGGCGCUGCUGUGGGCGCUGUGCUGCGCCGCGGCGGGCGGCGGCGGGCGGAGAAGGGCCGCCAGCCUGGGCGAGAUGCUGCGGGAGGUGGAGGCGCUGAUGGAGGACACGCAGCACAAACUGCGCAACGCGGUGCAGGAGAUGGAAGCUGAAGAGGAAGGGGCAAAAAAACUGUCAGAAGUAAACUUUGAAAACUUGCCUCCCAACUACCAUAAUGAGUCCAACAAGGAAACCAGAAUUGGUAACAGAACUGUUCAGACUCAUCAAGAAAUUGAUAAGGUUACAGACAAUAAAACUGGAUCAACAGUUUUUUCUGAAACAGUUAUUACAUCUAUAAGAGAUGGAGAAAACAAAAGAAAUCAUGAGUGUAUCAUCGAUGAAGACUGUGAAACAGGGAAAUAUUGCCAGUUCUCCACCUUUGAAUACAAAUGUCAGCUCUGCAAAACCCAGCAUGCACCCUGCUCACGGGACGUUGAAUGCUGCGGAGAACAGCUCUGCGUGUGGGGCGAGUGCAGGAAAUCCACUUCAAAAGGAGAGAACGGCACCAUUUGUGAGAACCAACACGACUGCAACCCUGGAAUGUGCUGUGCUUUUCAGAAAGAGCUGCUGUUCCCUGUGUGCACGCCCUUACCCGAGGAGGGUGAACCCUGCCACGAUCCUUCCAACAGACUUCUCAACCUCAUCACCUGGGACCUGGAACCCGAUGGAGUGCUCGAGCAAUGCCCAUGUGCAAGUGGCUUGAUCUGCCAAUCUCAGAGCCACAGCCCUACGUCUGUGUGUGAACUGUCUGCCAAUGAAACCCGGAAUAAUGACAAAGAAGAUCCCUUAAUCAUGGAGGAGAUGCCAUUUCUCAGCUUAAUCCCCAGAGAUAUUCUCUCUGAUUAUGAAGAAAGCAGUGUCAUUCAGGAAGUGCGUAGAGAAUUAGAAAGUCUGGAGGCCCAAGCUGGUUUGAAGCCUGAGCCUGACUCAGCUCAGGACCUGGUUCUGGGAGAUGAAAUUUAAAGUCCAAGCACCAGGCAGUUUAGUUAGUCAUUUGUAGAAUUUUUUUGUCUAGUGUCUUGCUUAUAUAAACCCUAAAACACACACUGCUGGAUAGAAGUGCAAUAAACAAGGUCUUCAAUGAAAAUCCUUCUCUGUGCACCAAACCUGCAUGUUCCAACUACUGUUGAAUUCAUUCAAUCCUUGGACCAAACCUUCUGUCAAAUGAGAACCAUAUCAGUGUUUCUUCUGGAUUAGUUCUUUCCCCGUGUACAUCAGAAAUAAACUUAUUAGUACCUAUACUCAU